AUGACCGGUGCUGCUCUUGGUAUGAUAUGUGUAGUCGCUAAUUAUGAUGAUCGUGCUGCUGUUUUUGUGGAGGCUAUGGUUAUUGGAUAUAUAGGUAAACUGGCAAGUUUAUACCCCCCUAUACAGUAUGCUGGUAGACAGUUCAUGAACACCUGGUUCGUGGUAUGCCUUGAUUUAACUAUAGCGACUACGGAUUCCAAAAAGGAGAUGGUCAUAGCAGCUGCAUGGCGGGUUGGAUUGACUACAUGUGGUAUACUAUAUUGCACGAUCAUUUCUGGUAUGUUAUUUCCCGACUUCGCAUCUGACCAGAUGAGACUCCGGUCUGCCCAUGCGAUAUCAAGAGCAGGUCAUGGAGUGAAGUGUGCUGUGGAUCAACUUGUAGUCUCGAGAACAUCGAAUGAGGAUAAUAUAGAAAUAGAGGAUCUCCGAGAGCAGUUUGGUAGUGAUGUAUUCCAGGAUUUACAGACAGUUAUGUCGUGCCAGAGCGAUGCCGCCGCGGAGAUCGCGGUCUUUGGUCGUACGAUGUUGCUUUCGGAUAUGUCCACACGAGUCUUCAAGAAUC